AUGUCCGACACAACGAAACUGAUCGAAACCGAGUCUAUGAAACGGUUUGCUUUAUUAGGUGUCACUAUCUCCACUGUCGUCACUCUGACAACCAUUGUUGCUGUUCCAGUUCUCUGCCUUUACAUGCAACGUAUUCAAUCCGAUUUGCAGAAUGAAAUAAAUUUUUGCCGGUUACGAGGUGGAAACCUAGCUUCCAUGCACCAUGUUGUGCUAAGCCGUGAAAAACGCCAGAUCGAAACAUGCUGCUCAUGCGGAGUCGGUAAUCCAGGACCUCCAGGCGCGCCAGGAGAGGACGGUACUCCUGGCCGAGACGGAAUUCCCGGAAAUCCUGGCCCACCAGGAGAAGACGUCCCUGUAGUUACCCCUAAAUUUACUGCAGAAGAUUUCUGCUUUGACUGUGGCGACUCUCCCAUUGGACCGCUAGGGCCACCCGGACCCAAAGGACUGGACGGAACACCUGGAGCGCUAGGUGAAGUUGGAGCGCCAGGUCGACCAGGACCCCAGGGACCACCCGGACCCCCGGGGUUACCUGGAAAUCCAGGAAGAGACGGCCAACCAGGUUCCCCUGGUGAGCCCGGUCAAGUACGGACGAUACCAUCACCUGCUGGUGAACCGGGACCACCUGGAAAUCCUGGCAUACAGGGACAACCUGGCAUUGAUGGAAUUCGCGGAAUUCCAGGAAGACCCGGACAACCUGGACCUCCAGGAGACGAUGGGCCUGAUGGUGAGCCUGGUCAAACAGGAGAAGAUGGAGCUCCCGGAGAACCAGGUUGCGAUGGAAAAGCAGGAUCGUGUGAUCACUGCCCGCCACCUCGGACCGCUCCAGGAUAUUAG